AUGACGACGAACCUCCGUACCCAGAAGCGCCUCGCGGCGUCCGUCAUCGGCUGUGGCAAGCGCAAGAUCUGGCUCGAUCCCAACGAGGUCAACGAAAUCUCCAAUGCCAACUCCCGUCAGACCAUCCGAAAGCUGGUCAGCGAUGGACUUAUUAUCCGCAAGCCGGUCGCCAUGCACUCCAGAUCCCGUGCCAGAGAGUUGAACGCUGCGAGAAGAAUUGGCCGACACCGAGGCUUCGGUAAGAGAAAGGGUACAAAGGACGCCAGAAUGCCUAGCCAAGUUCUAUGGAUGAGACGUCUCCGUGUCCUCCGCCGCCUCUUGGUCAAGUACCGAGCUGCUGGAAAGAUUGACAAGCACCUGUACCACGAGCUCUACCAACUGAGCAAGGGUAACACCUUCAAGCACAAGCGUGCUUUGGUUGAACACAUUCACCGAGCCAAGGCCGAGAAGCAGCGUGAGCGCAUCCUCAAGGAAGAAAUGGAUGCCAAACGUGCGAAGACCAAGGCCGCCCGUGAGCGCCGACAAGAGCGUAUCCAGAGCAAGAGACAAGCUCUGGCUGGAGAGGAGGAGCCUAAGCAGGAGUAG